AUGAAGCUAAAAAGAUCGAUACAGAAGACAUUUGGGUCGACGAAGGUGAAGAGUAUACAGAUUCAUCCCACAAGGGCAAUUGGAUUUGCAGGACUGUUUGAUGGGCAGGUGCAGAUAUGGGACAUGGAGAGGAUGGUGCACGUUGAUAAUGUGCAUGUAUGCAGUGAGCCGAUUCGAACCUGUGUGAUAUUGAGGAAGAUGGACUGGAUUCUUAUUGGAAGUGAUGAUGGAUGUGUUAGUGUGUAUGAGCUAGGAAAGUAUAGGAAGAUCAAGUCUUUUCAGGCGCACAGCGACUUCAUAAGGAAGAUAGAGGGGCAUCCUGAGAAGCCUAUGUUUGUGACUGCGUCUGACGACACUACGCUGAAGAUGUGGGUGUACGAAAGCGGGAUCAGCCAGUCGAUGGUGUAUACUGGGCAUGGGCAUUUUGUUAUGGAUGUGUGUUUCUAUCCGCAGGACAGCAGUAAGUUUAUUUCGUGCUCGCUGGACUCGACGAUUAAGGUAUGGAGUGUGGAGAAGCCGCACUGCAUAAGGACAUUCAAGGGGCACAGCUCUGGAGUGAACAGUGUGUGUUUUGUAAGCGAGGGGUAUUUGGUGUCUGGAGCAGAUGAUCUGACGCUGAGGGUAUGGGAUUUUCAGACGGGGCAGUGUGUUUCUACGCUUGCAGGGCACACAAACAACAUCAACAAGGUGUAUAUGCUCAAUAGUUUCCCGUUGUUUGCGUCCUGCAGUGAGGAUGGAAGUGUGCGCCUUUGGAACAGCAAGACAUUUAAGCAGGAGGACAUGCUUGCACUGCAGGGAGGAAGGGUAUGGGACAUCAAAGAGCGGGAUGGAAUGAUGAUGAUUGGAAGUGACGAGGAGCUUGUAUUUGUUGGAGCACAGCAGAUGUCGUCGCUUGCAGGGAUGAGCAGUGGAAGGAUAUUCUAUUGUGUGGGGAAUUCUGUAUAUGGUUCUAGAAGCGAUAGUGUUGGAGUAAGGAAGGUGAUAUCGAGCAUGGACUUCUGUCCUGAUGAGUUGGAGGUGUCUCCUGGUGGAAAGAUGAUAGCGCUUGGGAAUGAAGGAGAAUACAAAGUGUAUUCGUCGUUGGGAUUCAGGAGCAAGUAUUCUGGCGAAGGAAGGGACUUCCAUUUUAUUAGCGAGGAGGAGUUUGUGGUAAGAAAUGGAAGCAUGAUUAAUUUCUAUAGGAAAGCAGAUGUGCUGAGGAGUGUGGAGAUCCAAGGAAUCAGCAAGCUGUUUUACCUGACGCCGGAACUGUUUGGAGCGAAUGUAAUGGAGCGUACAGUAAUCUAUUGCAUGUCUGGAAGGCCUGUAUGCCAGAUAGAGGGCACUUCAAACCAUCUGGUAGUGGUUGGGGAUUUUUUGAUUGCGUGUGGAGCAGCGAUUGAUGUGUAUAAGAUAAACCACGAGAUGAUUGAGGGAUUUGAGGAACUAGAUAUUGAGGUGACGGAUGAAAUGAUGGCAGAAGUGCUCGAGCAUGUGUGCAGUGAGUACUAUACAGUGAGCUCGUGCUGUGUGGAUAGCGGGGUGCUGUAUUUUGUGUCAUGCAUGAAGGGAUACUAUAUGAUUGUUGGAGAAAAACCUUAUGUAUAUCAUUUUUCAUCGAUUGAGGGCAUACUAGCGGGGGUUGAAGGAGAGGAUGUGUUAUACCUGCAAGACAAAUUGGUUGAGAGCAGGAAGGUAGAUGGCCGGUUUCUGGAAUUCCAGAGGGCUGUUCUACUAGGAGAUGCAAUUGAGGUGAGUGAUGGAAUACGUAGUCGGGCGAUUGUGUUUUUUGGAUCUCUGGGGAUGCAUGAGGAGGCACUGAGGCUAUGCAUGGAUGAUAAUCAAAGAUUUGAGAUUCUGCUGAAGCUAAAUCGGUAUGAUGAAGCAUUUAGUAAGGCCAACAGCAUUGCUAAGUAUGAGAAGCUUGGGAGGUACUUUCUUAAGAAUGGAGAGCUUGAGAAGGCAUCAGAUUGUUUUUUUAGAUCAAGGAACUGGGUUAGUGUGCUGCUAACAGAUACGUUGUGUGGAAAGAGGAAUCUCAGUGCGGUUGGUGAUGAGUGUAAGAGGGAGGGGAGGCUUAACCAUGCGUUUUUUGCGUACUUGAAGAGUGGAAGGUAUGAAGAGUGUGCAAAGCUGCUGCAAGGUACUGCAUUUUGCACACUUUUUGCGAAGAAUUAUCUUGAUUAA